AUCAACGUAAAAAUUAUUUUGUAAAGAAAUGAUCGAAACUGUAGAAAAAUCAUGUUUCUUUUACCGUACGCAACUCAUAUUGUUAACAGUUUACGACUUGGCAUGCUAGAAGCAUCAACGGCCAAAAAAGUUGUGCGAAAAAUGUCAACAAGACCUCCUAAUGUACUUAUUUACACUGGGAAAGGAAAGAACUCUUCAGCUCCGUUUCAAAAUCUCAAGGAUUUCUUCGGGCGAUGUUUAAGUCGGGAUAAAUAUGUUUUAUAUCAGCUCAAAGAUGAAUCAAUCUUGCGAGAGCCUUGGCAAGAAAACACUGAACUGUUGAUAGUCGCUUCAGAUUUAUCUAUAAACCUUGAAGAAUCUCACAAAAAGUCGUUUGAAAAGUUCUUUCGUCACCAGGGAAAGCUGUUGGUAUUUUCUAAGAACAUUUCAUUCAGUGAUAACAUCAGCUUGGGCCAACUUCCUAUUCCUGAUGAUGAAAUAUGUUUUACUGAGAAAGUGAGAAAGAAACGAUGUAGCAUUGUGGCUGAUGUAAAUACGUACGUCAAAGUCAAACCUUGCAAAGACUUGGAAGUGUUGGCUGUCACCUCAAAAACAUCUCAACCUGUUAUCAUCCAGGAAUCUCGUGGAAAAGGCAUACUGAUAUUAUCAACAGUAACUGAACUGAUCUCUAGUAUUGCACUGAAUGGAAGUACAGACAACAACAUUAAAUUAAUGAAAAUCCUAUUUUGUAAUCUUGGUAUGAUGUGUGAAGAUGUCCCAGAGUGUCCGCUUACCCCUGCAAUGUUAUUGGUUGAUCAAAAGAACAAAGACCUCUUUCUUCGUUGUAUACAAGACCUUACAUCUGAUUAUUCUUUCCAUGGUAACGGUGUGAAGGUUUCAUUCACGGAGGAUCAAGAUGCCAUCGCUACUGUUGAAAAUUUUUCAGUCAUAACAAACCCCAUUCCUGAAGGCUACAGUACUGUCAAAUUUUCUCAAUACAAAGAAUUAUUGAAUACGAAACAUUUGGGUCACGUGAUGAUCUAUACUGACGUCAUCACAUCCACACAGACGAUCGUGAAUGGAAGUCUGAGAUUACUGAAAGAAUUACCUCAUGGUCUUGGAGUUGUUGUUAUUGCAAGACAACAGACUGUUGGAAAAGGUCGUGGAGGAAAUGCUUGGCUAUCUCCGGAUGGUUGUCUUUCAUUUUCAUUUCCUUUGGAAAUUGAACUUAAUUCUAAUCUUGGUCAACGUCUUCCAUUUGUACAACAUAUCGCAGCCCUAGCCAUUGUUGAUGCUGUGAGGGACAUAUCUGGAUAUCAGGAUUUAGAUUUCCGAAUCAAAUGGCCCAAUGACAUCUAUUUUGGAAAUAAGACAAAAAUUGGUGGUGUUCUGGUCAACUCUAUUAUUCAAGGAAGAUGUCUUUGGGCUGUCAUAGGGAUUGGAAUAAAUGUUGACAACCAUCAGCCAACAACUUGUAUUAACGAAAUCAUCGAGCAACACAAGUUAUCGAAAAAAAUCAGCAAAGAAGAGCUUCUUGCUAGAAUUCUUAACAAAAUGGAAGAACUUGUAGAAGACUUUCAGCUCAAUGGACCCGAAAUGUUUCUUCAACAAUACUACUCACGCUGGCUACACAGUGAGUCCAAAGUAAGACUGGAUAACGAAGAUGGUGAAAUAGUUACAAUCAAAGGUUUAGAUGACAUGGGUUUUCUCUGUGUAGUUAAUGACUUGAAUGAAGUUAAAACACUUCAACCUGAUGGUAAUAGUUUUGAUAUGAUGAAAAACUUAAUAACAGUGAAAACAAGAAAAUAAUUCAAAUUAUUCAAAUAAGGUGUUUAACCAGUAUAAUUGUUGGUGAUGACAGGGAGGAGUGACUUGAAGAUGAGUGGCAGGGGGGGUGCUAUUUUCUUAUACUCAAAUUCACACACCUCAGAAACUAACUUCAAAGUUUCAAUGCAUGCUACUUAGGAGGUGAAAAGUGCCAAAAAUGUUUUCUUAUUGGCCAUUCACACACCGUAACAAUAUGAUGAAACUACCAUUAAGCAAAAUAAGUUACAAUACUGGUUUGAAUUUAAUAUUAUUUGCCAUAUAAGUUAGAAAAAGUCUAUCCAUGUAUGAUGUGCUAUUAAUGUUAUGUGAAUCUCUAUUUUAUCAAUUAAUAUUUCAUUUUAUAGUAUAUCUACGUAUUGAACACAUUAUAAUUUAUAAAUAAAAAGGUAUAUUUAUUAAAUAAAGGCACUAUAAAUACUUUCUACUGACUGUCAAUAAAUAUCUAUAACAUGAGCACAAAAGCUGUGUUAACUUAGCAUAAACCUCACACUAAUUAUAACGUAAGUACUUUGUAUUUGAACUUUAAAAUGCUCUAUUUCUACAACAUGAAUGUAGCCAGCACAAUAA